AACCCCAUUCGUCCAAUUCUAUCUCCCAUCUAUUAUAUAUAUCUAAGCACCGUCGCUACAUUCUUCGACUUUAUUCUCUCCCCCUCUAGCCCAACUUUCCCUCCAUUAUUUUCUCCCUCUUCCCGAGACUUUCCAUUUCCUAAGUCCUUCAAUUCGAUGGCAGGUCGGGGCAAAACUCUCGGAUCAGGCGCCUCCAAGAAGGCCCAGUCUCGGAGCAGCAAGGCCGGGCUCCAGUUUCCGGUCGGUCGUAUCGCCCGAUUCCUGAAAGCCGGCAAGUACGCCGAGCGUGUUGGAGCCGGCGCGCCUGUAUACCUCGCCGCCGUCCUCGAAUACCUUGCCGCUGAGGUUCUUGAGCUGGCUGGAAAUGCGGCCCGAGACAACAAGAAGACUAGGAUUGUUCCACGACACAUACAGCUGGCAGUCCGGAAUGACGAGGAGUUGAGCAAGCUUCUUGGAGAUGUGACGAUUGCCAAUGGUGGUGUGAUGCCGAACAUCCACAACCUUCUCCUGCCAAAGAAGACUGGAACCUCAAAGGCCUCGGGUGGAGACGAUGACUCUUAGAUUGAAGUGAGCUGUGAUUUUCGGUCUCCCACGUGUUGGGUAUCUUGUUUAGUUCCCUUUUUUUAUUUUUUACUAUUGGGAUUAUGAUUUUUAAGUUUAUGUUAGGUUCUGGUUACAAGGUAACGGUGGAGUCGUAGGAGUCGGUGGUAGUUUUUAGCGUCUCAGUCCGUAGCGAAUGUGAAUAUAAUGUUCUUCCACUUGUUAUAGAACGAUUUCUGAGCUCAA